AUGUCUGCAACACCACGAAACGUCUCGCCCUCAAUAUCACGUAAACCCAUUAGUCAAGGCAGCUCAGGGACAAAUAAUGCAUCUGAUAUCGACCAGUUAUUGGACUUAAUCGACUCUCAAUUAGCAGCCUCAAAACCUCCGGCACAAACAACGCAGUCGAAUAAUGACUCGGCGACGUCGACUCCACAAGCACAUUCAGGAGCAGCGCCGCCACAAAUUGCGUCAUCUUCUAGUUACUCUAAUUAUUCUGCUUCAACAAGUAGCAAGCCUUUGCCUGAUCCUUCAAGUCAACAUACAUAUGCUAACAAUCCUAUCCCUUCUCAAUUAGCGACAGCAGCACCACAGCCCUCCAUAUCAUAUGUAAUGCCGAGCAGUAGUAAUACGGAUACUACAAAUUCUUAUAAUGCAUCGUAUCAUCCGCAUAAUAAUAUACAACCACCUGGUUCAGCGCAGACUUCGUAUUAUGGGAGUACAUCACAAUACUAUGCAGCUCAAAAUUAUCCCCAGUCUGGUAAUUACUACUCGCCUUAUCCACAACACUGGCAGACUACACACAAUCUAUACACGAGUGCGAGCGGGCGACCUUUGCCGACGCCUCCUGGUCCAAAUUAUAAUUAUGGGGGCGUUCCCGCAAGUUAUACAUAUGAUAACCCUCAAUAUCCAGCCGUGUCUCCAACAAGUGGAGAGUCAUUAUCUUAUUUAAGUUAUAAUAUGCCUGAGCCCCGGACAUACGUUUCUCCGUCUCCUCAAUACCAAUCGAUCCCGGAGACGGAGGCUGCUCUUAAUGAUGGACGUAGACCACUUCCAUUACCAACGCAACCUGGACAACAACCCACUACUGUAAACAAUUUCUCAAAUCCGAGCGCUCAACCUCAAAAACGGCGUUCUAGUCAAAGUUCUAAAGAUCAUAGUGAUGAUGUCUAUGCUGCUUAUCCAACUGAACACAGGCGGCCUACCAGUUUGCCGUCUGUUCCCGAGAAGCCGCGAAAGGAAACUGAUCCGUAUACGCCGAGCAGUGCGUCAGCAAUUCAACAAAAAAAGAAGGACAUUUUCCACGGGAUUAAUGGAAUGAUGAAUCCUGCCCUUCUUUCAAACAUAGCCCUAGUAUUUAAAGCAAUAAUUAAAUUAGGCCCGCAUGUAAAAGGGGUUAUUGAAUAUCCAGACAGCUUUAACGGGAAUGACGCAGUGAACACUAUACUUAGUCUUCUGCCGACUAAUACACAUCGCCGACUUGCACUAUCGAUGGCACGAUCGCUGGAAGCACAACUUUACUUUCAUUCAGUCGACUGGUCUAUAGUAACGGUGGUCAGAGAUAACGAUGACGAAGUCUAUACGUUUCUUAAUCCUGACCCUUACUCACCAUCUACGUGGGAGUGGGAUGAAGACUUUCCUACGGGUGUAUUUCCUAGUGUUGCAAAAUGUUACAGUCCUCAAUGUUCGACGGACGGGAAAGGGUGCUAUUCGAGAACUUGUCCCAACUACGUGCCGAAUGAGGAGGAAGCCUCUAAAAAAAGCGAACCGCCUCUCAACCGACAGUUCAGUACAAUGUCAUUAGCAUCGGAUCAGUCAGAACCGGGGUUAAAUAGGCCUCCUGCAUCAUCGCAGGAAAGAACAUGGAUGGCAUCUGUUCCGAAAGAAAUAUCCGAUAAGCUUGAUAAAGAGGAACAAAAGCGACAAGAGAUAAUAUUCGAGACUAUCUAUACUGAAGAGGAUUAUGUUAAGGAUUUAAAUCUAUUAGAGGAGUUGUAUGUAGACGGAUUGCGAAAAGCCUCGCCGCCAAUUAUUUCUCCAGCCCGAGUGGAAAUGUUUAUCCAAGAUGUGUUUUAUAACGUAUUCGACAUUCGUGAACACAAUCAACGACUACUCGAGCGGUUACGUGAACGACAGCGGGAAGGCUACGUGGUCGAAAAAAUUGGCGAUAUUUUCCUGCAAAGCGCGUUGGAUUUUGGGAAUGAUUACAUAUUAUAUAAUGGUCAUUUCCCGUUGGCUGACAAUUAUUUGAGAGCUGAAAAGGCUAGGAAUCCAGCAUUUAAGAGCUUUCUAGAGCAAUGUUCACGUCGUCCAGAGGCGCGCAAACUCGAUUUUCGUCACUUCAUACAACGACCAACGACGCGUCUACAGCGCUACACACUCCUCCUUGAGCAGAUUCUGAAACACACUGCUGAUGGGCAUCCCGACAAGGGAGUCCUUGAAAAUGCUUGGAAAAAUAUAAAAGAACUGUGCAAGGAAAGUGAUAAUAAAGUGCAUGAGGCUGAGAAACGAUUGCGCAUAGUCGAAUUAGACCGCAAAUUAGUAAUGAAGACUGGAGAAACCUGCCCGGCACUCAAACUUCUUGAUCCUAACCGUCGACUGCUCUUUAAGGGUGAAUUACAGAAAAGAUCUGAUACUGGCAUCGAAUGGCUAGAUUUGUAUGUGUUUUUGUUCGAUCAUUAUCUGGUCAUGACUAAGCCAAAGAAGGGUAAUGAUGGAGAAGUCAAGUACAUAAUUUCAAAGAAGGCUAUUCCUUUGGAUAUGUUGGUGGUUGAUUUGUCUAUUGAGCAGCCACAACCUAGAUCAAUCCAUUUCCCUACCUUGAACGUUCUCGGUGAUGGAAGACGAGCGAGGACCGGCAGCCUCGGAUUUCAAGGAUCUGGCCCACCAAUGGUCACAAAUCUGGACGGACAAGAUAAUCAAAUGAAUCGGCAAGCAGUAUACCCAUUUACGGUCAUUCACAUAGGUAAACAUGGCGGGACUUAUCAGCUUUUUGCGGAUUCAGCUAACACGAGAAGAGUGUGGAAGGAAAAGAUUCUUGAGGCUCAGAACAAAUUACAGCUUAGUAGAUCUCAUCAGCAAGUGUUUGAACUUUUUACUCUCAAUGAUGCCACUUUCGGAUCACACCCAGCUGCCACUAAUGGCCCUAAUUCUGGGCCAUCUUCGUGGAAAGGCAAGGUUAUUUGCUCGGUACCAUUCGUUACCUCUGAAAAGAGGCACAUGGUUGCUAUUGGCACUGAUGAAGGAGUAUGGAUGGGCCUUGGUGGCGAAACCAACUCAUUUCGCAAUGUGCUAAGAAUCAACAAUGUAACACAGAUGGCAGUAUUGGAGGAAUAUGGCCUGUUUAUUGUGUUGGCAGAUAGAAUGCUUUGGGCUUAUUCAUUAGAAGCAAUGAUACCGUCAUCUGGAAACAGUUCGACAACCAGUAAUCAAGUUUCUCGACAUCCACAAAAAGUUACUCAGAGUACGAACGUACAAUAUUUCGGAGUUGGAACAAUCACGGAUAAAACACUGCUGGUUUAUAUGAAAAGGAGAGGAUUAGAAAGUCAUUUCAAAGUAUUAGAACCAGUGAUAUCUCCGCAGAAUUCAACAGAAAAAAGUCGGGGAUUGGGAGCAAUCAGUUCACGACGAUUUGGCAUCGGAAGAAAUGAAUGGUUUAAAGAGUAUAAGCAAUUAUAUAUUCCAUCUGAAUCAUAUUCAGUGAGCUUUCUAAGAUCUAAGCUCUGUGUAGUAUGCACGCGAGGAUUUGAAAUAGUCAAUCUGGAUACACUAUUACCCACUACGAUACCUGACUUUAGUGAACCAGAAUUUGCCUCUAUUGCACGACAGUGCGAAGGUUCUAAACCACUUGGAAUGUUCCGACUUGGGGAUAAUGAAUUUCUGCUGUGCUAUGACCAGAUCUUCUUCUAUGUUGACAGACAUGGCGAACUAUCUCGUCCCACUUCUUACCAAUGGGAAGGCACCCCUGAGGCUGUCGCACUUCAUAUGCCUUAUGUCAUUGCGUUUGAUCCCUCGUUCAUCGAGAUAAGACACGUUCAGAGCGGUGAGCUCGUUCAAGUAAUACCAGGAAAGAAUAUGCGAUGUCUAAACGACAACACAACAGGAAGACACGCAGUGCAUGCCGUAAUGCAACAUCCAUUCACAGACACGCAAUAUAUAUUCCAACUUGUUUUGGCAGAGAAUAGGAGAAGCAAUAGCAUUAUUCGAGGAGUUUCUUCAAAUUUAGCCUAA